AUGGACAGGCUGGGAUGCGAGACAUGUGCAAUGUUUCUGAAAAACCAGCGCAUGCAUCGAUUCAAGGAGUUGGAAGAGGAAGAAGCAGCCUUGUUUAGAAGAAAAACAAGAAUUACAGGGAUUAUUCUUCCUCAUGGGUCGUAUUUGAUCAAUUUGGCAAAUGAUAAGGAAGAAAGAGGAUUCAGGCUGCUUAUUGAUGACAUGAAGAGGUGUAGGAAAUUGGGAAUAGAGCUGUACAACUUGCAUCCAGGGUCAAAUACUCAAAAGAACAAGGAAGAAGCCAUCAGAAACGUAGCAAAGGCGUGUAACAGGGCACAUGGGGAAGUUGAUGGGGUUGUGAUCUGUUUGGAGAACAUGGCUGGGCAAGGAAACACGUUAGGAAGCAACUUUCUGGAAUUGAGGCAGAUUAUUGAUCAGGUGGAAGAUAAAGAGAGAAUUGGGGUGUGUUUGGACACGUGUCACCUUUUUGGAGCAGGAUAUGACGUAAGAACGGCCGAAUCAUUUGAGAAAGUGAUGAAGGAGUUUGAUUCAGUGAUUGGAAUGAAAUAUUUAAGAGCAAUGCACCUGAAUGAUUCAAAAUGUGCCCUAGGAAGCAGGAAAGACAGACACGAAUCACUGGGAAUGGGGCUGAUUGGACUGGAUUGUUUCAAAUUUAUCAUGGAAUCAGAUUAUUUUGAUGGAAUUCCGAUGAUUUUGGAGACACCUGAUCCUGAACUCUACAAGAAGGAGAUUGAGAUGCUACGUGGAUUUGAGAAGAGUGAAUGA